AUGGUAGGAGUUAUCUUCAAUGAUGAGGAAUUGGGUUUUGAUUUACCAUCAAAUGGAGCUGGUGAUGAUCAUCGAACGGUUCUCUUGGUCGGGCGAACUGGAAACGGAAAGAGUGCAACUGGGAACUCCAUAUUGGGGAGAAAAUCAUUCGUUUCAAAGAGUAGCAUAUCUGGUGUUACACUUACUACUAAACUACAACAAACAAUGUUUCCAGUCGGUCAAACUCUUACUGUUAUUGAUACACCUGGAUUAUUUGAUAGUUCACUUGACCAUAAAACUAUUGCAAGUGAAAUACUCGAAUGCUUCCGAAUGGCUAGUGCUGGUGUUCAUUCUAUCCUCGUGGUUUUUUCUCUGAGAAGUCGGUUUUCUAAGGAAGAAAUAGCCGUUAUUCAGUGUCUCAAGGAACUUUUCGGAGUAAAGAUCUAUGACUACAUGAUUGUUGUGUUUACCGGUGGAGAUUACUUAGAAGAGGAAGAAGCAGAGUCUUUUGAUGAUUAUUUGGUUAGUCAGAAUUCUGAAUCUCUUCAGGAAAUCCUUCGGGUCUGUAACAAUCGAAAAGUUUUAUUUGAUAACAGGACAAAGGAUCAAGAGAAGCAAACUCAACAACGAAAGAAUCUUCUUGCAAUGGUGGAUCAGGUCAUGAAUUCAAAUGGCAACCGGCCAUAUACAAAUGAAAUAUUCCAGGAAUUACAAAGAGCAAACAAGGACUUUCGUGAUCAGAAAGAAGAACGAAUGAAGUUGUUGGAAUUGGUAGAAAAUUCCAAUUCUGAGUUAUCUCAACUUAUGGAAAAGAGGCAUAAAGAAUAUGAAAAGCAGUUAAAGCAGAUGAUUCAAAUGAUCGAAUCAAAGAUGACUGAAGCCAAUUUGAUUCUUAAACAACAAUUGGCAGAAGAAAAGGUUGCAAGGUUAAAGGCUGAAAAUGAUGCUAAAAAAACUAAGGAAAAAAUCACAAAUGAAAUUGAUAGUCUAAAUAAAGACUUGGAGAAGGCACGUGUCACAAAUGAAAUGGAUAAUCUAAAGAAAGACUUGGAGAAGACACGUUUCACAAUUGAACUGGAUAGUUUGAAGAAAGACUUGGAGAAAGCACGUGCUGAACUUGGCAAACGGGGAUGCACCAUUAUGUGA